GCAAAACGCGCGGCUGUAUCGCUCAUGCGCUGCUGCGCGUGCAUUUCACGAGUGGCGUAGCGUCUAGAUGCAUUGUAUAAAGGCACGGUCAGGAGCAAUAUACAUCCUCACGAGUUUACCUCGCCUCGCAUUCAUCUCCCAAGCCCAGGUUCAGCAUGACUCGCUUCAUCGCCCUCGCUAGCGUCCUCGGCGCGCUCGCCGUGUCCGGACUCGCGCACCCCUUCUCAGGUGACGCAGUGGCCCGCAAGCGGCAGCUAGACCAUCAUAUUGGCAACGCUACGUCCUACACCCCUUCGGGCGUCGGCGCCUGCGGGGUAACCAUCUCACCCGACCAGUUCGCCGUCGCGCUUGCACCUGAUUUCUUCACCGCGAGCUCUUCGUGCUCCGAGAAUUUGACAGUCACCAAUGCCAACACCGGCGUCACAAAGUACGCGUUGGUCCUCGACGAAUGCGACUCGUGCACGGGUCAGAACCUGGAAUUGACAGUGCCUCUCUACGAGGCGUUGGGUGGUUCGCUCAGCCACGAGCCCCUGGAGGUGAUCUGGUAUUAGCUUAGGAUCAAUGACUGCGACUAGUAAUCAGCUAGAUCGGUUCUCCCAUCUGGCCAGCGAUUUGCUAGUCGUAUGACUGUACAUCCACAAUCCGUAUAAUCAACCAAGUAUAUCACGUU